AUGUCCAUCGCAACACCCUCUGCACCAUCGCUCGGAGAGAAUGUCCCUUCAUCAUUAUCCAACAACAGCAACAGCACUACUUUUGAUUCAGUUCAACAACAAUUAUCAACUCCAGAAAGUAUUAUUGGAUAUUUCUCGUCCAAGAUUGCAGUGCUGAAUUUGCCAUCAUCAAGUAGUACCAAUGAAAUUGAUAUGAUCAACACUUCCUAUAACAAGAUCACCCGAGAGGAGUUAGAGAAGAAUUUUAGCGAUAUUGCCAGCAAGGUAUUGGCCAAUGAUCAGGUAGCCUUUUUGGUCAAUUCUUUCUUGGUUGAUUUGUUCCUUCACGAGAAGACUUCUUCCGACAGCGAAAACCAAAUGUAUCAGAAUUAUCUUAGAGUUGCUUAUCAUGUGUUUUUGUUGAACACAAAGACUGAUUCCAAAAAUUCUAAUUUGGAUUUGGUUUUAUUACAACAUGUUCCGGUUUGCCUUUAUAUUUAUUUGGAAACAAAGAAUGUUUCUAAAUUAUCUGAAAUUCAAUUAGUAUUUCUCUCGAAAAUAGAAUCCAUUUUACUGUUAAUCUUUAAUACUGAAAAUAUAAAAAGAAGAGAGAUGCCUGAGAAGGAGAAGACUUUGAGUUUUUUGGCAAGCUCCAUUGAAGGUGUGAAAACCAAAUAUAACAAUGGAGAAAAGUUGCUUUCAUUGACAUCAUCAUCAAGUUCAAAAGAAUUACAAUCAUCAUACAAUAGUUUAAUUCUUGGAUCAUCACAUGCCAAUGAAGACUUUUUCACAGGUGUUGCCCAUAGGCAACUCUAUUUAAGAAACGAGAUGGCAACAAAUAACGAGUCAUUAUCACCUCUUUAUUUUAGAGAUUAUGAAACUUAUUCUCCACUUUUAAAUGAGAUCAGUGAACGCGUGUUGAGUGUGGUUUGUCAGGUAUUUGCCAAUAGAUUAGAGGUUUUGCCUAAAAGUUCAAUUUUCACCUUCUUGAGAGUUUUCUAUCAAUUAGUAUCUCAGCAAGUGCCGUAUAGAAUUCCAACAUUGGAACAAGUGAGUAUUAUCAAAGACAGAAAUGCUCAAGCUAAGAAUAUUAUGGAGGAGAGCUUGAAGGUUAUUAAGGAGGAUAUCACUGGCCACUCACAUAACGAGCCUACUACUACCAUUAGUAAUGGGAAGUCUGAAAAAACAGAUGUCAUCAGCGAGCUAGACAUUCAAGUAGAUGUUGAGAAUAGCAAUUCUCAAAAAGCUAAGAAAAAGAAACUGUACUAUCACGAGUAUUUGACUCAGCUCGACCUGAUAACUUUGUAUUCAGAACAUUAUGGAGAUUACCUUGUUGAAAGUCCAACAAACACCUUCACAGCUGGUACCAUUGGAUCUCACAGAAUAUUUCUCCAAGAGUCUUUUAUCAACGAUGCUGUGGCAAUUCUCAAAUAUUGUUCCCUCAACAUGGAAAAAUUUACAGCAGUAACACUUUUCAAAGACGUUUUUGCUGACAGUUCAAAUAACACGGUCAAGGAUGUAAGGCCAAUUAUCAUCGAGACCUUGUAUGCUGUUUAUUUGCGGCUGGUCUACGAUUUCAUUGAUUCCAAGUCCCUAAUUCAGAUUCAAGCAAUUUUAAAGUUGUUGGAUUAA